UCGGCCGAUAAAUGCUAUUUUUAAUAUUAUCGUUAUCGGUCCAAUAACAAAAUUAGGUCGAUAUCUUUAAGCCGAUAAAUUAUGUAUUAUUUCCGCUGGUUGAACCACUUCACGUGCUUGCUGCUGGCCACUAGGGUUUUGAUCGUCGCUUCUGUGACGUCGCACAAAGCAGACGCGGGCGUUACAAGAGCUGGUGCUAGAGAGAAGAUAAGAUGUCAGCAGUGUGGGAGUUUUUCAUCGUGAAAAAAGAGGACACCAGACUUGCAAUCUGCAACAGCUGCAAAUGCGAGGUAAUGCGAGGGGGCAGUAGAACAAAAAACUUCAAUACUACUAAUCUAAUAAGCCAUCUGAAGUUUCACCAUCCCAAAAUGUAUAAAGAUUAUCAGACGAAAGUCACUGCCAAACAAACAGUGUUACCCACUACCAAUAAGCCAGUACAACAAACACUUGACAAUAUGAAGAAAUUUGACAGGGACAGUGCCAAAGCAAAAGCCAUCACAUGCAAAGUUAUGGAAAUGAUUGCAAUUGAUGACCAACCUUUCAGCAUUGUUGAGGAUUUUGGAUUUCUUCGGCUUAUCAAAUUUAUUGAACCGCGCUACUCGCUCCCUAGCCGGUGGCACUUCGCUGACGUUUCGCUCCCCGUUCUAUACAAUGAAGUGGCAGCUCACAUCCACAUGCUGUUGGGCAAAAAUGUGACAGAUAUAAGUAUCACUACUGACAUAUGGAGCUCUGACGUAAGUCCAGUGAGUAUGUUGAGCCUUACUGCUCAGUGGAUUGAGGAAAACUUUGAGAUGAGGAGAGUAAUGUUGCAUGCGCAAGAAUGCCCAGGCUCUCACACCGGCGCUGCUAUAGCGAGGGCACUCGAGAGCAUGUUCGUUCGGUGGAACAUAACUAAAGAUAUGGUACAUGCUGUGCUGCGAGAUAAUGGCCGCAAUUAUGGUUAAAGCCAUCGAAGACUGUGGAUUGAACAGUCUUGGCUGCAUGGCUCAUACUCUCCAGUUAGCCGUGCAUGACGGAGUUCUGAGCCAGCGCAGCAUUUCCGACUGUAUGGCGAUAGGGAGAAAGAUAGUCUGGCACUUCAAACAUUCUCACCUUGCCAUGUCCCGACUUGGAGAGAUACAGACAGAGCUAGGACUGUCAAAAAAGAUGCUGCAACAAGACACUCCGACACGUUGGAACAGUACGUUUUAUAUGAUGUCAAGUUUGUUAGCACAGAAGCGAGCACUUAGUGCAUAUGGGGCAGAAUUCGAGCUUCCCGCAUCUUUCAGCGCGUACCAGUGGGGCCUUAUUGAAAAUGCAGUAACACUGCUUGCGCCUUUCGAAGAACUGACGAGAGAAAUAAGUUCACACACGGCAACUGAUUCAGACGUGAUUCCCUCUGUUGAGGCUCUGAAACGUUUACUGAACAAGAGUCUUAGUACAGAUAGAGGUGUGAAGACGACAAAAGCUACUCUGCUGGAGGCUGUGAAGCAGCGGUUUAAUGGCAUAUACACCAAGCCUUUGUACUUCUUGGCAACGAUCCUGGACCCAAGGUACAACGAUCGCUUUUUUGAUCAAGCCACCAAACAGCGAGUAACAGAAAUGCUGCUGAGACAACUGAACAAGAUGACAGAACUUGAAAAUAGCACGGAGAAAGAGAGAAAUGAGACAGAGCCCCCUUUAAAAAAGACGUGCACCAAGAGCGACGGAGGCGCAACAUCCCUGCUUGACAUGUAUGGUGCAAUUCUUGAAGAAAACAUGGCCACAGAACACCAGACGCACCAAACAUCUCCAGUAGGACAGCAGGUGAAUGCAUAUCUAAGUGAGCCACCCAUUUCCAGGAGUGAGAGCCCACUGCAGUUUUGGAAAAGCAAUAUGUCCCAUUUUCCAGCCCUGGCCCAAGCUGCACGCAAAUACCUGUCAGCUCCCUGUACCAGCGUUGACAGCGAACGUCUCUUCUCAGCGGCAUCAAAUGUGAUUGAUGAAAAGAGAAACAGACUUAUGUGUGAGAAAGCUGAAAUGCUUCUCUUCAUUAAAAAAAAACAUCCCACUCUUACAUUCACAGAUGAAGUAGCCAGACAAUCAUGUUUCUAGUUGGCCUUUCUGU